AAGCCACGGCGAACGCACGAGUAGCGCGUUUUGGGGCCGAGUUAUCAGCCGCGAGUGAUUCCGCCUCCAGUGACACCGAUUUCGACGUCUUCGAGUCCUUGGGAAGGAAACCAGGCCCGACUUGACCGACAGGUCUCAUCCUGGGACCGGAAGGAGCAAGUGCCGACCCGGAAGAGGACUGGACUUCCCGGCGCCGGAGGUGCGACUCGGCCAAGAAGUUCCGAAAUCCGGCUGUCGCCGCAGGUGUCGUCACCGGUGACGCAAAGAAAUCCCAAAUAUUAUCUUUCGACGUCAAAAAACGAGUCUCGGAAGUCCUCAGGAAUGGCACCCUGAAGAGACAGUCGCGGAGGAGUCGGAGGAGCGCGCGGAUGCCGACUGGCGCAGCCUCCGCGGGCGGUCAGCUGAUUUUGACAGCUCGGUCACGUGACGGCCCACGUGGUCCUGGACCUCUCCCUCGGGUUUCCCUGGAUCUCCGGCCAGAAGAGUGAUGUCUAGGUACUAGGACAAGGAAACCGGGAAAAGUAUAAAUAAUUAGAUUGGGUGAAGUAAUAUCGAGUAUAAUGGCGCAAGAAGAGGGGUGAUAUCGCCUGAAAUCUCCGGGGAAACGUCCAGGAAAAGGAGUCGCAGGAUCGGCUAAAGACCAAUCAUCGUGCUCGGUUUUCUCGUGGAGGUAGAACACCCUGAAGAAGAUGUCGCUGGGUAUUUAUCCAGAGAUUUGUUUGUUCGGCCGUUUUAUUUAAUCUCUGUCUAUCGAUUGAACUAUUGGAGGGGUUGAAGAGGAUAUUUGGUGGUCGGUCAAAAUGGCGAACUUGGUACUUGUUGCGACCGUCCUGGCUGUGCCGGGGAUUUUCGCGGACAGUAAGAACAUCCUGAAGAUCGACUCUCCUACGAUGGUUCGCCAGAUGGACUCCGGCAUGACCUAUGACAAUUAUUAUGAGAACAUGUUGCCUCUGCUCUCGAGGGAUCUGAGUCUUAUGGAACAGGCUAUCGGCAUGAUCGAAGACAGCACCUGCAGGGACCACUGUCAGAUGAUUCUUCAGGGUCUGCAUAAUUUAACUGCUUGGUCUGUCAAGUUUUAUGACGCCUCUGGGAAGUUCCCUGUGGGAGUGCUGGGGGGGUCCGUGUACGAGCUGGGGAACUUCGACGAAUGCCUUGGUAUCGGGGGUGAUAACGACCCUGAAGAUGCCCCUGAAGGAGUCAGGGGUCAGUAUUGCCUCGGGGAAGUCGGAGUUAACGCCCCCGAGGUCUACUUGAACCAGAACGACUCCAUGUGGAGGUACUUCAAGGACACCGGGAAACGUUAUCACGAGUUUAUCUCGAAGCUCUACUGGGGUAUCUGCGUCCCAGCUUCCUGCUCCUCGAAGGACGUCGAAGACGUCAUCAGAAGAGUCCUUGCAGUGGCUUUCAGCGGGUCCAGACUGAAACUCUCCCCAAGGAUUCCUGAGAAAUCCUGCUACAAACACGAAGACACCCCUGUAGACGGGGCCGAUGUGACAUACCUGGUGUUUAUUGUGGGAGUCGCAACUCUUAGUCUCAUGGGCACGAUUUAUCACAUCUUGUGUCUGAGAAAUCGAGGAGAGGUCCACAAAGGGUUGAUGCCGCAAAUCCUCCUGCUGUUUUCCAUGCUCUCGAACACGAUGAAGUUGUUGGGCCCGGCGAACAAGGACGAGCUUAACCUGGACUGCAUAUACGGAAUCAGAUUCAUCUCGAUGGCGCUGAUAAUAUGCGGCCACGUCAUCAUCUUCGUCGUAGGUGGGCCCAUGAUGAACCGAAAUUUCCUGGACGAGGCCGUGCCCCGGGUGGAGAACUCCAUCUUCGUGAACAACGCCCUGCUGGUCGACACCUUCCUCUUCAUCAGCGGUUUCCUCUUCAGCAGGCUCCUCCUGAAGGAGCUUGACAGAAGGAAAUCUAUAAACUUCGUCGUGGUGUACCUGUACAGGUUCCUGAGAUUGACCCCGGCUUAUUUGGUGGUCGUUGGACUUUAUGUCACCUGGUUGAACCGAUUGGAUGCUGGACCCCUCUGGUCAAGGAUGAUCACCGAGAGGGAGAGAUGCCGCACUUCCUGGUGGGCGAACAUCCUCUACAUCAACAAUUACGUUAGCACUGAUAAUAUUUGCAUGUUCCAAUCCUGGUACCUAGCAGCAGACACGCAGCUCUUCAUCCUCGCCCCUCUGGUGGUUUAUCCCCUCUGGAGGUGGAGAAAAUGGGGAGAACACAUCCUGGCGACUGUCAUCAGCGUAUCCUUCUUGACACCGUUCAUCGACACCCUGGUGAACGCUCGGGACCCAACCAUGAUGGCCUACACCUCGGAAUUAAAGGACCUAACAAGGAACCAAUAUUAUACCGCGAGUUACAUCAAGACUCACAUCAAAGCAAUGGCCUACGUCUUCGGAUUGGCUUUCGGGUACAUCCUGUACCGCGUGCAGACAUCAGGAUACACCUUCAGCAAGAACGCAGUGAGGUGCGGCUGGUUGAUGGGCACGACUUUGUUACUGGCGGCCAUGUUCUCCAUCAGCCUGUUUUACGGACCUCGGAAAUAUUUCACGAGCAUAGAGGCUGCCUUCUUCGCCUCCUUGCACAGGGCCUUCUGGUCCAUUGGUACAGGAUGGGUGCUGAUAGCUUGCAUUACCAAUAACGCGGGACCAGUAGGUAACAUCCUGAAGUGGAGAGCCUUCGUGCCCCUGAGUCGACUGACCUACUGUGCCUACCUGGUGAACGGACUCGUCGAAUUGCACGCGAUUUCGACUAUCAGGUCCCCGGAGUACCUAAGCAAAUAUGCCCUGAUGGGCAAAAUGUUCUCCCACAUGUCGGUGACCUUCCUGAUGGCCAUGGUCCUGUCGGUGAUCUUCGAAUCGCCCAUCAUCGCCCUGGAGAAGCUGCUACUUCGCGAGGAGAAGAAGAGGCGCUCCCACCAGAAGGAGCAGAAAACGGAAGAGACGAGCUCGACGACGGCCUGAAUCGUCGGAAAUGGCAGAGUCUCUAGAAGCGUUGGAGAGGAAAGAAAAGGCG